AGCGGUUGACCGAAGUGCGCUCACACAAGAAAAGAUUGCCUUGCCUCGAGCUACUAUCCUCCAGCAACAGCGAGUGAUGCCUCUUGUAGAUAUGAAACUCGUGCCAGAUGGGCAACCUCUAAGCCCUGUGUCCACGAAGGAGGGCAGAAAGCCCACAGCCAGGCAAGGCAGCGAUGGCGUCUCCAGCUCUAAGCCACGGAAGGAAAUCCACACGACAAUUUGGUUGCUGCUCGUGGAGCUGUGCGAAAAGUUCACUUUCUUUGGCAUCGUCUGCAACAUGAUCCUUUUCUGCACUAUCAAGCUUGGCUACCCCAACCACCAGGCGGCCACGAUCAAUCUCUGCUUUGUAGGCGCCUGCAUGGUGACUCCGCUUCUGAUGGGCUGGCUUGCCCAAUGCCUGGUGGAGAGGAGCACACUGGCGUAUAUCUGUGCGUUUCUGCAUUUCGUAGGUACAGCCCUGUUACCUGUCGUUGCCUUCCCCUUUGAAGAUUUUUUCAUAGAUAAGCACUACGUCCUCCACACCUUGGCUAGAAGAGAGCAGCAGGUCCUCUUUUACGUGGGGCUGUCGGCCACCUGCCUUGGCUCAGGAGGAAUAAGAGCAAUCGUGUGCCCCUUGAGCGUUUAUGACCUUGAUGCAUACAGAGAAAAGGAGCUUCUGUCGUUUUUCAACUGGUUUUAUUGGCUGGAAAAUUUAAGUUCUGCCAUUGUCUUGGUCAUCAUUUCAUACAUCCAGCAGUCGGUAGCCAAAAACCUUGGCUUUCUUAUCCCCUUUGUGUCUGUCCUGAUGGCUCUGAUCACCAUCCAUAUGGCGCGCAGUGAAAUGAUUUACCAGCCUCCAAAAGGUAAUGGCCUGUUGACAGUCUGUGGCGUCGUUGCUAAUGCACUGAGAGUAUGCUGUGUAAAAUGCCGCUACUUCAGUGGGGAUGUCACAAACUGGCUAGACCAUGCCAAGGAGAACUACGGUGGCCAGUACAGCGAAACUCAAGUGGAAAGCACAAAAUUGCUUGUCCGUCUCUUCCCUUUCAUUGCCUUCCAAAUCCUCUAUAGGAUAUGUGUUGUACAGAUACCGUCAGGAUAUUAUCUGCAGGCAAUGAAUUCAAAUUUGAAUCUGAAUGGGUUUCUCUUGCCAGUAGCAGCCAUGAAUGUGAUAAGCAUCCUGCCCUUCUUAAUUCUGGCUCCUGUGCUGGAGUGUCUCAACACUUGUCUCUUUAGUCCUGAAACAAGUGGACGAUUCCCUGCAGUCUGUAUUGUUGUAGGUUACGCAUCUGCCACCCUUUCUGUGAUGGUUGCUGGGUUUUUAGAGGUACACAGGAAGCAUUUCCCUUUGGUGGAACAGACUCUUUCAGGCAAAGUUCUCCUCGUCUCCUCCAUGCCGUGCAUCCAUCUGGCCCCACAAUACAUCUUCCUUGGCUUGGCAGAAGCUCUGGUGACUCCCACCUGUUCCUUCAUUACGUACAAGUUUGUGCCAGGCAGAAUUCGUGGAGUUGCCUUGCAAGCCUUGACUUUCUUCAAUGGAGCUGGCUGCAUCAUGGAGGCUUUACUUGUUCAAGCUGCUUACACCACCUCACAAGGUGACUGGUUUCCAAAUAUUCUAAAUGAGGGUAAACUUGAGCGGUUUUACUUCUUUUUGGCCUCACUAAUGAUGAUUAACACUUUAGGCUUCUGGACCAUCUCACACAGGUACACUAAUCUGCAGCAGGACUACGACAAAGGAUUCAGAGGGAGUCUUCUUCAAGAGCAACUUUUGCAGCAUGAGAAAUCGCUUAUAUUUUAUGACAGCAUCCUGGAUUGCCCCUCUCCUUUGUCUCCCGUGGAGACUCUCCUGUGAAAUCUUGCUCUGAAAAUGACUGGUUGGUCACACGGCGCAGUCAGUCACCAGAGUAUUGUCUGUCAGAUUUUAAUGAUACAUUCCCGUCUGUGUUUAUGAACUGACUUAACAAUAAAUGGAUUGUUGUUUCUCCUU